AUGAACCAUUAUCAUUUUUUUUUAUCUAAAAAGAGAGAGAGAGAAAAUGGAACAGCAGCUAAUCGAAGCAGCUGCAGAAGGAAACGUGGAGAAAUUGGAAGAAAUUGUGAAGAAAGAUCCUCUUUCACUCGAUCGAUUCUUAGUAGGCCGUUACAACUGGACUCCUUUACACAUCGCGGCUGCGCGUAACCGCAGCGACUUCGUCUCCGCCGUCCUCAACAAGACGCCGGAGCUGAUCGAUCUCCUGGAUUCGCGGAAUCGGACGGCUCUCCACGUGGCAUCGGCGAAGGGACACACCGCAGCAGUGGAGAACAUUCUGGUUUUGUCGAGUCCGGAUCUUUGCCUGUCGCGCGACAUCGACGGAAGGAAUCCGCUACAUCUGGCGGCGAUGGGAGGGCACAUUGAUGUCUUAAAAACACUUAUGAGUAAGUGUCCUCAUGCGGCUAGGGUUUAUGCGGAUCAGGGAGAGACCAUUUUGCAUCUCAUUAUGAAAAGGGGAGGAAUUAUUAAUGUCGAUGCAAUGAAGGACCUCGUCCAAAACGUAUCCUACGAUGAUGAUGAUGAUGAACUCUUGAAUGCCAAAGAUGCCAACGGAAAUACAAUUUUGCAUUUAGCUGCCACCUCUCACAAUAUGGUGAUGUUGAAUACUUUGUUGAAUAACAAAAGAGUGAAUGUUAACGUGAUGAAUAUGGGAGGGAAAACGGUAAUGGACAUUGUAAAAGAAAUGGCAAAAGACAAAGACAAAGAAAAAAUUAUAAAUCUACUAGUAAAACGUGGAGCUUUAACCGGGAGAGAUAUGGCCAGAGGAGAGUGGUUGGCCAAGCAACAAGAAUCCCUAAUGGUGGUGGCUUCUCUAAUCGCCACAAUGGCUUUCCAAGCGGGUGUAAGCCCACCCGGGGGCGUCUGGCAAGACGACCAGAAUGGUCAUCGAGCCGGUGAGGCGGUUUUGGCCUACAAUUACCCCGACACUUACCCUUACUUCCUCCGGGCCAAUACAAUUGGUUUUGUGGCCUCACUCAGCACCAUCCUUCUCCUCAUCAGCGGUUUGCCAUUCAAGAAGAGGAGCCAAAUGUGGAUUCUCGUGGUCAUCAUGUGGCUCACUAUCACUGCCAUGGCAUUCACUUACGCCUUCUCCAUCGUGGCCAUAACCCCAAAGAAGGGAAGGGGCCCUAUGAGGCGGACUAUGUAUGUGGCUAUCCCCAUUUGGUGUUUUGUAAUGCUACUCUUGUUUGUGUUUCAUAGCAUUCGGUUGUUGAUGAAGAUUUGGAAGGACCAGAAGAAUCGCCGGUGGAUCCCCAAUGCUAACGAGGUUUACUAAUUAUGUGAUUCUGUCUGUAGCAUCUAUUGUUGGUUGAUUGAUAUUGUUCUUGUGAGAUUUUUAUUAAUUUAGAUCCUUUUCUAUAUUUAUUAUCAAGGAGGUUGUUAAUGCAAAAUAAUAAACUGUAUAAUAAUGUAUAUCAAAUAUGAGAAAUAACUAUGAAUAUGAAUGAACUCCUUAAAAGAAUUAAAAAUUGAAAC